AUGCAGUUCACUGCUAAUAACAUUGACAUCAACCAUUCGUUACUAGGUGGAAAGGACACUUUCCACGCAACACAGGUACCUGGUUGACAAAGAGGCCCAAAUAAAACAAAGCAUUUAGCAAGCUUGAGGCCCAAAGUGAACUGUGAAAUAACUAGGAUUCAACAUUGCACAAGAAAAACAAAAAGUUGUAUAUGUAUUCCUAAGUACAUUACAAAAAAAUAAUGGCUGUUUUUACACUAGGCUGUUAAGUAAGACUUAAGAGCUGCUAAGUUUUAGUUAACCAAAAAUUCGUGUGUGAAGGCCUAAGUAAAAUCUCAAGUAACUUUACUUUGCAUCUCAUUAAAGUCGGAAAGUUGAAACGAUUCAAGAAAGUUUCAAGCGACUUGAAAAGCAUCCUUAAAACCGACUUAGCUGACUUGCGGUUACUUGCGGUUUCUUGGGGUGCUUACCAUUUGACAGAAAAAUCUGGCUGGGGUGUCGAAAGCAUAAUGGUAAGCGAUUUACCAGUUUACCGUAGAGUUGCCACAUCCGUUACGGUUUGAAUCCAAAAAGGGGGCGAAUGCGUCUGGAACCGAGAAAUUGGUAGUUGGUAAGCAACAUUCCGUUUGGUUUGUACCAACUGGAUUGAACGGACUACCUCAAAACGUACUCCUUAAUUUUUGGUUGGAAUUUCCGAAAAGUGACCUUACCAUUUACCAUCCAUCCGGAAUUUCCGAAAUUCUCUGUCAAAUGGUAAGCACCUUUGAGGUUUGAGAAAGGCGAAACACGUCAAUCAAUCGUAAUUAUGUUGCGUGGGAAAAUAGCCUUAAGUUAACCUGAAGUAAAAAAGAAUCGGUUGUGUGUGAAGCUUUAUUUUACUUGAAGUAAUUAAAAUUUGCUGCUCUUGAAAUAUUUCUUAGCUUAUUUAGGCUCUAGUGUAAAGACUACCAAUGUGAUAAAUAUACAAGUGAUAAGGUGAUUUUUCUAUAAGAGGGCGUGGUCAAGUGUCACGUGAUGGCUGUAUGUUAAUAUAAGCAGCGUAAAAACAGUCAGAAAUUCUUAGAAUAUAAUUUUUAAAACACUAAUAACGCUUUAAAAGAAUUUGUCUCCUUUAAAUUUGGAAUUGUUAAAGGGGAGAAAACCCCUCAUUUGGACAAUGACGUCAUAGUGAAAAUCCCCAAACUCCACCUUAACACAAGAACUGAGUUUGGCAACUAUGAUUUUCAAAAUCAGCGUACUCAAGCUAGUAAGAAUACCUAUGUUGCCAAAAUGAGACAUAAAUGCCUGUGGGUGUCACAUUUUGGUUUCCUGUGUACCCGACCAGAGUAUACCCGCGCAAAAAAGUGAAAACUACCGUAUGAUAAUAACUCACAGCAAUUUUUGCAGUAAAACCCUUUAUACUUACCUGACGAGAUACCCGUCGAAUGGAAUAUAUUAGAUACGUCGUCUUUACCCGCGGCGUUCUUCACCAUCAGUAGGCCAUGUCUGAUUACAGGGUUAUUAAUUCUUUCAUUUAAGUCCAAUUCUUAUUUCCUCAGUGCGUGGCACUUACCAACGUAACAUGUACAUUUAACGAGGGCCAAAAACGAAGCUCUCAUUUGAUCUUUUAAGUAAUGCCUUUGAAAAAAGCUGUAAACCUGAGGCUUCGAUACGGACAGUUGUUAGCGGAUACCCUAUUUUGACAAGAGGAUGUCUAAUAUCAAGUUAAUCACAAAUCGAAUAUACCUUAGAUUAACGCUUAUAACAAGUGAGUGUGACAUUUUGCAUGCGGUAAUAUGAAAGGGCGGACGUAAGGACGGAAGAUUGUGUCACAAUUAAAAUUUCUUGAAUGCAUAGAUAACCAAAUUUUAUUAUCCAUAGUGCCCGGCUGCUUUUGUUUCGCGAGCACGAGAGCCCCGCCGUUAUACCUAAUGUUUACCUACAAUCCUUGUCACACUACAUUGGGACACCCCGUGCUGUACCCAUUUCCUGACAGAAAAAAUGUGCUCCUUCCCUCCCAGUGUUGUUGUUUUUUUUUGCUCCUGUCAUUCCAACUCGCAAAAUCCAACAUUAAGGGGGUAGAAAAUACCACUACUGUCCCAGCUAUUGUGACGAGUGUUGUAGGUAUGUCAAUUCUUGUACCUUGGUAAAACGAUCAAGUCAAACAAGUCGACAUCAUGUGUUCUUAUUUACAUUGGAUUAUUACGGGAUGAAAAGAAAUGCUUUAUUAUUUUGUUUUCAUUUCAUUUAUUUAUUUCUGCCGCUAAAAUUUAUAACGUCGAGGAAUCCAUCUCCAUUGGUUAUUGUGUCUAGUUACAUAUUUUGCUUUUGUUGUUUACACUUUUAGUUUUUUCGAUCAAGUUAGUGUGUGUGAAGUUCCAGGCGGGGUACCCCCCUAAAUUUCGGAUAGAUGUUUGUCUCCGAGGGCCUGAAGUACUGACCCUACUUGAGGAUGAGAGAAACGAAAACUGAUACCUUAUUUAAGGGCGUGUCUCCGUAAAACCGACCAGUGAUUUCGGAUCAAAAAAUUAAUUUUCCUUGUAUUCUAGGAUAUUAAAGUCUUUACCUAAUUAGUUACUAAAAUGCAUUUUUGUUUGACGGGAAAUGCGAAAUAAUUUUUUACGAAUUUUUGAAUUUUCGGCCGGCUGGCACCACGCCAUAGCCUUUGAAACUGCAAAACUUGCCUACAUUGCCGGCGGUACAGAAAACAAACAACUCGUUCAAGAAGCCCGAUUUUCUUUUUAAUAUACAGAUACACCACCCGAAAUAUUUAUUCAUUUUAACGGCAAGAAUCUUUUUCCUUGCACGUGUUAUCAGUCUGCCAUCAAAACCAAAAAUAGCGCAACUUUGAGGGCAGUUUAAAAAAGUGUGGCACCUGUCUGAACGUUGCUAUGUAUUAAUACAAACUAGAAAUGAUAGUAAAACGUAAAAAGGAAUAAAAUUUUUGUGCUUUUCACGUUUUCGAAUAUGAGCACCGUUUGAAUUUCCAGAAAUUUCGAAGACAAGAUAAUCAACGAACACUUGCCUUGUUAUUCUCCUCUUUUAACUUCGCUGUUUGUAAUGUCCUUCUUGGUUUGUAGAGCCGGGAUACUAUUGUGCCUUAAGCAAUCGCUUUAACUAAAAUAUUGGUUUUCUUAUCAUUUGUCCUCCAAGGCAAUUUUUUGUCCUGUUUGUGAUAAAAGUAAUGGCACUCGUUGCUGGUCGCGAGCGUAACACGGUUGUUUCGUGACAUUCAAAUUUUUUCCGCUAUUUGUUAGAGGUAAUUGCCUUUGAAUCGCCAUACAUCGAUAAAUUUACUUCUUCAGUUUAACGUACAUGCAUUGAAAAAGUUGGCUCAACACAUUUUAGAGAAGAAAAUUGAGAAUCCACUAAAACGCUACCAAGAGAGAAUGAGGUGACCCUAAAACAGUUCGUUCCAGGCCCCACUGUUUUUCGAAAAAUCAUUGGACAAGAUUAAGACGUCGAGGAUUUUUUUAAAACGUUUCUACGUGAUUAUGUAUAGGUAAUGAAACCCAAUAAAACCAAUAAAAAAGUGUACAGCUCUUUAAAAUGAUUCACAAGGGCAAGGGCUAACGUACCUGGGCCGUGGCCACGAAACGUGAACUCUUGCCCUCUUUACUUACCACAUAAUUAUGCAUCCGAAGAGCUCAUGUAGCUUUUGUAGCUUUUCCAUCGGGUAGCGGUAAGCAUUAAGAUUAAGAACCUGGGUCUUAGGGUUCCUUGUUAGCGCAUAUUUUUGUGCCUCCAAAAGAACAAGCAAGUCACAGGAAGGAUUUUUGUUGUUUCGAUCUGACCAUGGAGCGCAUGAUCUAAAUCGUUGAUACCCAGCGUUUGGCGCUAUUACUUCAGCAAUGCAUAUUUCCUUUUCCAUGUCUGUUCCCUCAUUCAUUCUUUUCCAUCUCGUUGCUGUUCUAAUCUAAGUAAUGACGACCUACUUUCUUAGAGGCCAGCUCUGAAAACAGAUAUAGAUUUAAGAAGCCAGGUCUGAAAAACGAUGUCAAACUGAAAUGACCUUUUUUAGCCUGAAAAAGGGUCCAGGCGGCACACCCCCAACAAGAAUUCCCAGGAGCACCCCCCCGGGAUAACCUGUACGUCCGCGCUAAUGCGGAUCACCACUAAAAACGUUUCACUUCAUUCUAUGCGUAUUUACGCCAGACAUGCCAGUGACUGCAGACUGUGGCUCAAUCCAGAUGCGACGGGUAUACCACGGGUAGUUUCUGAACAAUAAUGUGCAUAAGGCUUCAAAAUUAUUUGUAAUACCAAUUACCGAUUGAAUAGAAAUUUUUGUAAUGCUACAAUACAUUGCCUCUUCAUCUGUUCUUAUGUACAUUCGCUCCCUGAGUGAUUUCCUCUGGCCAAUUGCAAUGCUUAUUUUCCCCAAAUUUUUGUUUUUGAGUCUUGGCCGAAAUACUGCAAAUAGCUGUAUCACGACAAUUAUGAGCUCGACUUCCGACUCAUAUCGACUCAUAGCAUAGAAGUACUUUUUCGGACCAACACAAUCGCGACUUGCACUGAUUAUGACAGGUUGAUUGACAGAUGGCAAAAUAAACUCAAAACAGUCUUAUUGCCUAGUAGGAUUCGAGGUGUCAAAAAUACUUUUAGAAUAAAAUUGAUUUUAUUAAGAAAAAUUGCCAAAUUUCCGCGUUGUUUCCUGGGUCACGUGCAUCUUCUCUACUAAAAGCGAAAUGUCGAUUAAUAUUAAAUUGACUUUCAAGAAUACUAGAAAUCUGGAUGCAGAAAAAAUAAAUAGUUUGUAAAAACCUUCCGUGCACAUUUUACAUAAAGCAAAAAUCCAGAACUACUUUAUAAAAUAUACUAGCCUGCUUAGAAUGGCGGUCUUGUCGUGCGAAGCUCGCGCGAACGAGCAUUGCUCCCGCCCCAAUCUCUUCGCGGUUUCACAGCCCUCGCCCGCCUUAUAAGCUUGUACUGCGCGCCAGACCAAAACUACGCAGGAUAAUAAUAUAACCGGAAAAAUCAAAAACGUAAUGGAACAAUUCCUUUCAAAGGUUUAAGGAAAACGUUCAAGAGUUAUUCUCUCGACCUUCUCUUUAUGUAAAAUUGGAUGUACAGUUUCUUAGACAACUCAGUCGGCACAGGUUAUGGGCUCCUGAUCAGCAUUAAGAAUACUAUUACAUUUACCAUGACUUGAUGAGUAGUUUUUUUUUUUCAACGGAAAGGUAAAAAGUUAAGUCCGUACUAGACUGCAAAACAGUCGGUUUUUUCCUCAAAAUCAGUAAAGAAAUCGGUAAAGCGUGGCGUACGAGUCUUAUGCGCGCGAAGCGCGCGAGCCUCACACGCCCUAUGGGCGUGUGAGGCGAGAGAAAAAAAACCGUAUUUUUAGCGUCUCUCCCCAGUCUCGCUCUCUGUUUUCAGCCUCAUUCCAGACCUUUUGUUUGACUGCUCGCGCGUACUUGAAUACGCAAAAAUACGGACUGUUUUGCAGUCUAAGUCCGUACCUCGAAAGAGACAUGACUAUCCUCGUAGCAAACCUGAGCCCUACACCCACCCUUCUAAACCCCCAUUAAUGCUCCUUGUUAUGGGUAUUUACAGCUACUUAAAGCUACGCGGAAAGGAGAGAAGGCGAAAAAGGGAUUGGAGGUCACAUUUGGGGAUCGGCCUUUAGACUUCUCCCAUAGAAGGCCGCGCAAUAACCAACUGUACCAAUCCUUUCUCCUCAAAAGCAAGUGAAAACGCAAAGUAGCGCAGUAGAAAGCCUACCGGACCGAGUGGGACUUGUGUUUCCAAAAAUUGAGUGAUGUUACAUGAUCAUUUUUUAGCUUUUUGUUGCUCCUCAAAAAAAAAAGAUGUUGACACGUCCUUAAAGGGCGACAGUUUCGAGCCAGUUGCAGCCCAAAUAACGAUCAAUUGUCUCACACAUACGAACAGACCCGCCCUGACGAAUAUCAGUUCGUAUUUUAAUUAAGUGGUUCGUCAUAUCUUUUCUUUCUUUCUGCAUCUUACAUACUGAAUAUGUCUAACCUCGAAAAUCUCUACAAGUAGAUUUUCCCAAGGCCACAGCAGACAGUCAGUCUGUACACUCCUUCGCUAUGGUAAAAAGGACAACAGCAACAACAGCUCGUUAUUAAGGACAGUUUGCUUUGUCCCUGGGGAAAUAAAAUCCAUACAUUUUCUCUAAAUUUACCCCGAGAUGGUCCUAAGAGCUUUAUUUUGCGUUAAAGAUACAAAAAUAGAGGUUUAUUAAUAUUUAACUCUUUGAAACAAAAGGAAUUAAUUUUUAACUUACAUUUUUGUUAACCGUAACUGAAAAAAAUUAACCGAAAGCCGUAAAAGAGCCAAAAUUUUAGCCGAAAGCCGUAAAAGCCACCUCCCCAUUGAGACCCUCUUGUCUGCUUCGUGUUUAUUCCUUUUUACGUUUUACUAUCAUUUCUAGUUUGUAUUAAUACAGAUAGCAACGUUCAGACGGGUGCCACAUUUUUUUAAACUCCCCUCAAAGUUGAGCUAUUUUCGUGUUUUGACUGAAGGCUGAUAACACGUGCCAGGAAAAAGAUUCAUGCCGUUAAAAUGAAUAAAUAAUUCGGAACUGUGAUAUGGCUAGGACAUCUGGAGUGGUGUAUCCGUACACAUGUUUUAAAAAAAAGAAAAUCGGGCUUCUGGAACGAGUUGUUUGCUUUCUGUAGCGCCGGCAAUGUAGGCGAUUUUUUGUAGUUUCAAAGGCUAUAUUGCGUCGGUGCUAACCGGCCGAAAAUUCAAAAAUUCGUAAAAAUUAUAUUUCGCAUUUUCGGUCAAACAAAAUGCAUUUUUUGUACCUAAUUAUGUAAAGACUUUAAUAUCCCAGAAUAUAAAGAAAACUAAUUUUUGAUCCGAAAUCACUGGUCGAGUUCUUACGGGGACGCGCUCUUCAGAGGCGCACCCCUACAAAAAUGAGACCCAAUUCAAGAAAAAAAAACACAAACUAAGAAUUUAAAGGCAACACAUACCCUGCGUGAUCAGAGGGCCUUUUCGUAAAUUAAUUGUCAGUCAUGCACGCGAAGAAAAGACCGUGAGUAAAGAAACGCCGAAAAAGUCUUCAUUAAGUCGCUUUCAUGAUACUCUAAGGUAAAGUUCAGCUAACAAACCAUUUUUUUUCUCGUGUAGCUGGGCAUUUAUACCUGUAGACUCUUGAAUGUUAACCAAAUGAUAACGGCGGGAACACAACACUAACAAGGGAGAAAUUGAUUCAGUAUGGGAAUAAGACCCUCAAAUACCAUACUUUUUCGGGCGUCACAUACCUAUCUAGCCAAAAUAUGGGAGUACCCCACUCCUCCCCUCUCACAGCCCUCCAAGCAAUCAAGUUGAAGUUUAGUAAAUUGAAUCUAGUUUAAUACCUACUACAGCUAUGAUCAUUUCUGCACAAAACAGGUAUCAAACUUGUUAUGAUCCCGGAAUCGGUUCAAUGAGGCCCUGUUGGAGAGGGGGGGGGGGGGGGGGAGGGGGUUCUUAUCCCUUAUCCUUGUAAAUCUAAGAGGACAUAUCCCUUAUCCCUAAACGUUGUAAGAACGUUACUACUAAAAGUCAGGAAACACGCAGGGGGAGGUGUUGGGGGAAAAAACUUGCCCCUUUCCGCGCACUUUUUGUGGGAAAGGAAAAAAAAUGUUUGCCACAAAUUUUUGUAGUUACAUUCAUGUUAGAAUUAAAGAAGGUAUAACUGUAGCUGAAAAGAUGCAAUAGUCAUUGUGAUUGUUAUGGCAUUGCAAAGGCUCGAUUAAUCCGUUUCCAGAGGCGACUUUUUACGCGUGUAAACCAGCGGCGAUUUCACAAAGACUCUUCUCGAGUGCUAACAAAAACACAAUAACCAUGCAGCCGUUGUCUCGUGGGUUUUGCGAAUAUAGUAAAAUGGGUUUUCUUGGCGGCAAAGAAAUUCCCACCUUAUUAUCCAGCUUGCGAUCCUAUAACCAAUAAAAGUAAAGGGGAGAAAAAUAAGUGUAGAUCAUAAUCAAUGUAGAACCAUGAUGAACUUUCAUUACUCCCUAAAACAAUUCAAUUAUCCACAAAAUUAUUUUCUCAAUUAUCCCUUACUGGUUCCCUUAUCCCUAAGGAAAAGGUCUGAAAGGUUAGCCAUCACAUGUCAAUGCAAAUAAGAAAUGCAUUAUCGUUAUAUCAUAUAUCAUAUAUCAUCUCUGUAUAUCUGUCUUUAAAGACUAUGUCCAUCUUCAUAACUAACUGUAAGGGAUAGCAAUACAAUAAACAAAGGGAGGAAAAUAAGAAAAAAAAGGAAAGUUGAAAAAAAUGUGUGAUUCCAUUUCACGCAUGGUUCUUAUUAAAUUUGUUUUGUUUUAGUUUAUGAUAAUUCUUUCAAAGUCAAGAAUAAAAAUAAAUAAAUAAAUAAAAUUCAAACUAAGGAAAAUACACUACAGAGUAACUACACCACAGUGUUUACUCAAAAGUUAAUACUUACGUUUUGUUGGUUUGUUAGAGUCCAGUGGUGGCUUUGGCGUCACUCGCAAGGCGUUUAUUUUUUCAAUUAGCAAUAAAGAAGAACUGGAUCCCUUUGUGGUUGAGGUGAGGAGGCCAGAAGGGGCAAUUACCAUGUGGUCAGGGUAUGGUCCAGCGUUUGGUUAUGACAUCUACAUUGAUAAUAAUGCCAACAGUAACAGCCGCUCAUUCGCACGCCUUGGCUGGGCCUACCCUGCUCCUGCUGCAGUGCAGAACCCGAAAACAAUCCUGGCCGGGACUUACCGCUUCUCACCUGAUGAGGUGGAGGUAUUUUAUCUUGACCCUACUCAAUAA